AUGUCGCCCCUGCUGGCGGUGAUGGCCGUGCUGGUGCUGGCCGCGGCCGCGACGCCCCCCGUCCUCAAUGCUCCCUUGGAGCCGCUGCCCGUGCUGGGCCUGGGCCCGGGCCUGGGCCCCUUCGGCAUCGGCACGCCGCCCCCGGAGCAGGGCACCGAGCAGGGCGCCGAGCAGGGCGCCGACGACGCCGAGGACACGGAGCGCCAGUCCGUGCUGUGGCGCGCGCUGCCCAAACGCGUGGCCACGCACGGCACGGCCAGCCUCAGGGAGAUGCUGGGCCGCUCGCGGACGUCCUCGCCGAGGAAGUCGGCGCAGUUCACGCCCACGGGGGUCUUGGCGGAGAACGCCGACGGCGACAUGAUCGCGGACCCGGGGCCGGCGUACCCCUACCAGCAGCAGCAGUACGACGACAUGGUGCCGCGCUACCCGUCGUCCGGCGUCACGAGGGAGGUCAUCGUGCGCCAGGGCCGCCUGGUCGGCGUGGUGCGCUCGGUGCCCGGCUUCGGCGAGGUGCACCAGUUCCUGGGGCUGCCUUACGCCGAGCCCCCGGUGGGCAGCCAGCGCUUCAUGCCGCCCGCCUCGCCCAGCCAGUGGAAGGGCCUGAGGGUGGCGGACCGCUUCGGGCCCGUGUGCCCGCAGGCCCUGCCCGACCUCACGCUGCAGGACGCGUCGCCCGGCAGGCUGGGCCACGUGCAGCGUCUGCUGCCCUACCUGCAGGACCAGAGCGAGGACUGCCUGUACCUCAACGUGUACGCGCCGUCACAAGCUUCCUCGCACUCGUCGCGUCUGCCGGUGCUCGUCUACAUCCACGGCGAGUCCCUGGAGUGGAACGCCGGCACCCCGUACGACGGCUCCGUGCUGGCCGCCUACGGCAAGGUCAUCGUCGUCACCUUCAACUUCCGCCUGGGCAUCCUCGGUUUCCUGCGGCCCGGGGUGCACGACAGCACCGUGAGCAACUUCGGCCUGCUGGACCAGGUGGCCGCCCUGCAGUGGGUCAAGGACAACAUCGACGCGCUGGGCGGCGACCCGCACUCCGUCACCCUGAUGGGGCACUCGACCGGGGCGGCCUGCGCCUCCCUGCUGCUCGUCUCGCCCGUCUCCAGCAACCUGUUCCACCGCGCCAUCCUGAUGAGCGGCACGGCGCUGGCGGACUGGGCCAUGACGCCCAGCCCGCUGCAGUUCACCAUCCAGGUGGCCUCGGAGCUCAACUGCCCCCUGAGCGACGAGCUGGCCGCCUGCCUGCGCAAGCGGCGGCUCAGCGACCUCCUCGCCGUCAAGGUGAACCGGCCGCCCUUCAAGACCCCCUUCGGCCCCGUCGUGGACGGCAGCGUCAUCCCCAACGAGCCCCUGCAGCUCAUGGGCACCUACCGCGAGCUGUUCAGUCGGUACGAGCUGCUCCUGGGCGUGACGGAGCAGGAGGCGUACCACCUGCUGGACGGCAAGUCGCUGUCCUACGGCGUGCCCGAGCGCGACCGCGACGCCAUGCUCAAGCGCUACACGCACGCGCGCUUCGAGAAGCACCCCGACAUGGUGCUGGCCAGCACCCUGGCCGAGUACGCGCAGGACCCGGCGCUGUACCACCCCGUGGCGGCCGAGGGGCAGCGCGACCUGCUGCUGGACAUCCUGUCCGACGCGCGCGUCGCGGCGCCCGUCAUCAAGACCGCCGAGCUGCACGCCGAGGCCAACCGCAGCAGCUACCUGUACGUGUUCACGCACCGCACCAAGAACCGCAACUACCCGGCCGUGGACAAGUCCGUCCAGGGCGACGAGCUGGCCUACGUGUUCGGGCUGCCCCUGACGCCCAGCGCGGCGCGGCCCGGCAACAAGCACUACACCAUGGACGAGAAGCGCCUCGCGGAGACCAUCAUCACGCUCUGGACCAACUUCGCCAAGAAGGGAGACCCAAACAUACCGAGAAGAAGGACCCCUAACUGGCCCAAGUUUGACACGACCGACAUGGUGUACCUGAACAUCAGCAUCCACCUGAGCGUGGACCAGCACUACCGGGCGCAGCAGAUGAAGUACUGGAACCACGACCUGCCGCAGCUGCUGCGCAACCCCCAGACGGAGCCCUGGUCUCCCCAGGACCGCGAGGGCAACCGGGACAGCGCAGUGUACGGCGUGCCCCGCCUGUUCCAGCGGCCACGCGACCGCGAGGAGGACCUGUCGACGCCCCGGCGCACCUACGGCACGAUGGUCAACUCGGGCCAGGACGACACGCCGGGGGCGCCGUCGCCGCCCCGCGCCGACCUCGAGCUGACCAUCGCGGACGUCGAGGACCGCGACCGCGCCUCCGAGGACGGGCUGGGCCGCGUGGCGCCCUCGGCGCUGGCCUUGUCCGUCGUCAUCGUAGUGGGGAUCUCGUUUCUGCUCGUCAACGUGUGCGCCUUCGGCUUCCUGUACUACAAGAAGAACCGCCUGCGCAUGCAGCAACAGUUCUUUAGUUCGCAGUGCCGCGGUGGCGGCCUAGAGGACGACUGCGACGACGCGUACACCAAGAAGGCUCCGUCCGGGGCGGAGGGUGGCUUCUCCUGCAGCGCCGCGUCGCCACCCCUGCCGCCGCCGCCUCAGACGCGCGGCGCGGGGGUGGGGGCGCCGUCGGGGCCCUUGGGGCCGGCGAGCCACAGCCGCGCCGACAGCAAGGACGACCUGUACGAGGCGGUGCGCGGCGCCAGCAGGAGUACCAGCAGGAUGGGCCGCGCGAGGCAGCCGGCCAAGGACGAGGGGCGCGACGACGCGGCCUCCAGGAUGCGCGAUUGGGUGGCCCAGGAGGUGGUGCAGAGGUGCUCGCCGGGGUUCCUGCGCAGAGGCCGCCGUGCUAGUGGCCGCGCCCCGCUGUCCGCCAGCUCGUCCACGGACCAGCCGGACACCCCCGACGACGCGGCCAGCCGCAGCCCCGGGCAGAGUCCGCGUCCCGGCGGCACCAAGGCCGCCGUGCAGAAGGUCUCGGUGGCGAUCGACGCGACCCCCGCGGCCCGGUCGUCGUCCGUGCUGCGGCAGCUCCCCAUCGAGCUGAGCAAGUCCCUGGAGGAGACGGCGCGGCUGGCCGAGGCCGCCGCCGAGGGCGGGCAGGGCGGGCAGAGCACCGUGGCCGGCAUGACCAGGUCCACGCCCUCGCUGUGUUCUCGGCCCUCGCUGCAGCGCUCCGAGGCCGUGGACGAGGUCGACGGAUUGCCCCUGGAGCGACGACGCAGCAUCACCAGCGUGGUCAUGGACCUGCAGCCCAGCUUGGUGGACAUCGUGGUCGCGCCCGGCCCGCCGUCGCCCCCCGCGGCCACGCCCAUGGCCACGCCAAUGCACUCGUUCGUGGGCCCGCGUGACGUGAACGUGACGUCGCGCGACGAGUCGCAGCAGGCCGCCGAGAUGUGCGCCGAGGAGGCGCUGGACAGCAUGCGGAGGAGGAACUACCCCAAACAGGUGCUGCCGGACCUGCCCGUGUGCGACGCGCCGGGCUGCGGCCCUCUGCCCCAUCAGCUCAGCGCCAUGCAGAUGGCAGCCGCGCGGCGACGGUCGCUGCCGCCGGGACACCUCCAGAUGGCGAGGAACAUGACGUUCCCGUGCGCCUACCCGUGCGCCAUCCCCAUGGACGCCGCGGACGCCGGCCUCUACAACAGGAUGAGGCCCGCGCCCCCGCCGAGGAUCUCGUCGACCCUGGGUCGGAGGCAACAGCCGGUCGGCGCGAGAGUGAUGCUUCCGGCGACUCCGGAGCUGCCGGGCAGCACGCCGACGCCGUCCGCCCCCACCGCGGGGCCGGGGACGCCGGGGACGUCGCCGCCGCAGGUGCGCUACGAGCCCAGGGUCAUCAUCCGGGCGCGAGACCCGUGCGAGGACGCGGCCCCCCUGCCGGUCACGCAGACGUCCUCCAGCAGCGUGACGCUGCGGCGCCCGGAGCCCCGCGUCAUCAUCAAGGCCACGUCCAACAACCCGGUGCGCGCCGCGGCCACGGACGACAGCGACUACGGCUUUACGCAGCCGCACCCCCAGGUGCACAUGCAGGACCUCCCCCAGGUGCAUGCGCCGACUCGCCCUCCGCUGGCCGCCGAGGCGGCCGAGCCGGCCGAGCCCCGCCCAAUGUAA